AUUCUACUUCGGACCGCCCUCGAGAAGAAAGACAAACUUAUGGUGUUUCAGCAAGAGCAUCAUAAGGCCCUGGGUGAAGACUGUCUCACACAGGAUGACUGGGAUGUCCUUAGGCUAACGGCGGACUUCCUCCAACCCUUCUGGCAGGCUACACUGGCGCAGCAGAGGAAGUGGUCAUCGUUAGAUCAGUUACUUUACCACAUGGACAUCUUGCUCAAGCAUUUCGAAGAUGCCAAG